UUUUUUUUUUUUUUUCUUUUUUGGGGACGUUUUGGCUGGAUUUCCGUUGAGACAUACACGCGCGCUUUUUCCCUUCUUCGUUUUUGCGCCUUCUCGUCACUCGCCAAGGCACCGUUCCCCCCAUUCGUUCGCUCACCCUAUAGCCAGCCCUGAACAGCAUGUCGCUUGUCGGAUGGUCUGGAAAGGCCGUCGAGGCAGCCAAGAGCGCGCUUCGCUCCAACAACAAGGUCUUCUUGCCCAACUGGUACAUGAAGGUCGUCAAGCCCGGCAUCCCCGUCGCGCGAAACCAGGCCGUCUUCCAUGUCCCGAAGGAAAUGACCAAGUUUGACAUUCGCAACUACCUCGCAUCAAUCUACGGUUUGGACGUGCUCGCAGUCAACACGGUCAACGUGAUGGGCAGCCUCUCGCGCAUCCACGGCCGGUGGCUGCGCUUCAACAAGGGGUACAAGAAGGCCUAUGUCACCCUCGGAUCAGAGUUCUCAUACCCGCUGGCGGAGCCGGAGGCAAAGGCCCGCCGGCCGCGCGAGGAGUACCAGCGAACGGUGCCGCACACGCUCAUCGUGCCGACGCUCAGCGCAAACUCACGAACGCUGCGCAACGAGCCGCGCCUGGCCGCGCGCUUGAGACGCAAGGAGGGUGUGCAGAAGCUUGUUGACAGCCUCCAGCUUGCAGGACCUACGCCGGCGGCCCAAGAAGCGCUUGCUAAAAUCCAGGAGGAAACGCAGCAGCUCGCUCGCGGCCGUGCUCGCCAGCGUGCUGAUGUCAAGGCUGCCGCUGCCGCUGUGGUUGCCAAGCAGAAGGAGACGGCUGCCGCCGUCGCUCGUGCACGCAAGGCGCUCAAAGAAGGCAGCGCCAUGCCCAAAGAGCGCGUUGACACAAAGUCUGCGUUUGCCAAGCAGCUGGCCCGAGGACGGAUAGUGGAUCGCGAGCAAACCGAGCCCGCGCCAGCUGCUGCAAAUGCUACUGCUGCUGCUGCUCCAUCAGGAGACGUUCCGCCACCACCCGUGGCAUAGAUGAAGGGGAACGUACUGUAAUUGUUUUUUUAUCUCUUGGUUCUGUUCGGGUUUUAAUUCAACAAAAUACAAACCGGCG